AUGGAGUGUGUGGGAACGCGAAUCCCGUACGCAAAAUGGCGUCUAAUUGCGUUCCGACAUUUGCUAGCGACUUCACAUGCUCAGUCAGUCAGUCGGGGCAUCUCGACCUCGCGACGAACAGACCAACUCAAUGAAACUGCGUUGGAAGCAAAGACAUGCGAUUCAAAUGCGAACUCCAUACUUCCUUCACAGCGGCUUCCGCAGUCUCCUCUCCUCACAUAUCCUCGCGCUGGGACGGUGAAGAAUCGCAAGAGGCGCCCCACGACACAGGAGGAAGCCGACCUGCUCAAGAACCCAUGGGCCUUAAUGCUGGCUUCGCCGGCACGUAUGUGCUCUGUAACUGGUGCACGAAUGCCAUCUGCGCUGAUGGGGACUUGGGGGCUUGUUAGACAACCAAAGGAAGACAUGCUUUAUAUGAUGCCUGUGGGUCUGCUACAAGACUCGCUGCAAAGCAAUAAGACUCAGAAUCUCGGCUCAUCAUCAAAUCCAAUCAUUCCAAGCCAACAUGAAAGCACAAGGAUGGAAAUACAAGCCCCGGAAGAGGAUUCCUUGGAUGCAUCACCAAUUCCAACAUUCCCAGAUAAGCAGACUGGACGCCAGCUCGUCCUUCGCAUUGCUGAUCUCCUUCCACUUAUUCGAUCCAUCUCAGUGCCACUCUCCAAGCAGAGCGGAAAAAGACCAGCUAUUAUGCGCUUGUUACCGUUCCGAUGGAAGCAUCCCCAGGGCCCUGUGACGGCGCACGAAGAGAAAAAAAUAAUCUGGUCGGAGAAUACACCGGAAGUUAUGCUGCGGAGUAUGAGGGAUGUCGUUGUCAAGAAGCUGGGCGCAGUCCUCGAGAAAUACAAGCGCGUUGGCACUCCCAAUGGGGUCUGGAGGGCUCUGGAUCUACCCGAGUACUCGGAUGCUGCGCUGAAGGAGGCACUGGAAAGUCUAGAGCCAUUUGAUCGUAUGGAAUGUGGUGGAGUCCUGCUUCUUGGUUCAAAGAAUUCCACGUCUGCCGGGGAUAUGUCUCGAUCGAAUGGCUCUUUGGACUCAGUGGCUCUCACGCAAACCGGGUCGAAGGUUCCGGUAUUUGAUCUGUCAGUGCUUUUUUCCGAGUCUGAUAUAAACAAACUCCGUGAAUCCCACGGCCAGUUUCAACACACUGCACUGUUCUUCAGGCCAGAGGAUCCGCUUGGCAUUGAUGCAAUGAUAUUCCUCUGGAGAAUCAAACGACUUCUUGAUGGUGUUGAUCUCACAAAGCAAUGA